GAGAGUGAGGGGGAGGGGGAGAGAAAGAAACAAAAAAGAAAACAGGAUAACAAUAGAUAAAAGUGGAUAAUGGAGUCACUUGAGUCCGAGGAUAGUUCUUGGUUCAAUUAUAGUUUGAGCCUCUUACUUGGUCCUGGCUUACUUUUAAUUCUAAUUAUGUGGAUUUGCGAGCAUCAUCAUGAUAAUAUUUUGGGUAAAAGACCACCAGGACCUUGGGGUAUACCCCUUCUAGGAUAUUUGCCAUUUCUCAAUGCCAAGCAGCCACAUAAGAGCCUACAAAAGCUAGCUGAAUACUAUGAAAAUGGAAUUUUCCAAUUACGCAUGGGUGGCAUUCAGACAGUUGUCCUUUCGGAUGCCCAACUCGUGCGUGAGUUUUUUCGCCACGAAGAAUUGACGGCACGAGCUCCACUCUAUUUAACACACGGCAUUAUGGGCGGAUAUGGGAUCAUUUGUGCUGCUGGCGCUAUAUGGAAGCAUCAGCGGCGUCAGAUCAUUGAUUGGCUAAAGGCUUUGGGCAUGAGUCGACGUCCCAGCGAGAUGCGUAAGCAACUGGAGCAGCGUAUUGGACUCGGUGUCGAUGAGUGUGUGCAGUUAUAUGCCCGCCAGUUGGAGACGGAAAUGGAAUUCGAUCCGUUGCCUGCUCUACAGCAUACACUAGGCAACAUAAUCAAUGACUUGGUAUUCGGUUUGAAAUAUGAACGUAAGGACACGAACUGGUUGUAUUUGCAGCAAUUGCAGGAGGAAGGUGUCAAGCUGAUUGGUGUCUCUGGCAUGGUCAAUUUUGUGCCAUGGCUGAGGCAUUUGUCGUUUAAUAAAAAGAACAUUAAGUUUCUGCUCGAUGGUAAGUCAAAGACACACGACAUUUACGAUCGCAUUGUGAACGAAUGUGAGAAGCGUAUGAAGGAGAAUGCGGGUCAGCCACCGCGAUGUAUCCUUGAGCAUUUUCUACGCGAACGCCAACCACACUCGGAGUUGUAUUGUCAGGAGCAAUUGCGUCAUCUUUUGGCUGAUCUCUUUGGUGCUGGUGUCGACACGGCGUUGGCCACAUUGCGUUGGUUUCUGCUCUACAUGGCCUGCAAUCCGGAUAUACAGCGGCAGUUGCGAUCUCAUCUAAGGCAUCUGAGUUCAACACCUAGCCUGGAGGAGCUGGAACCAUUGACAUAUCUGCGUGCCUGCAUAUCGGAGGUGCAAAGGAUACGAAGUGUUGUCCCCUUGGGCAUACCGCAUGGCACUGAAAAGGACAUUAAUAUUGCCGGCUAUCGCAUUCAGAAAGGCAGCAUGAUUGUCUCUCUACAAUGGGCCAUUCACAUGAAUCCCAAACAUUGGCCACAGCCCGAAGAGUUUCGUCCGAAGCGUUUUCUCAACGAUGAGGACGAAUAUGUGGCCCCCGCACAAUUUAUACCAUUUCAGAAUGGCAAACGUAUGUGUCCAGGUGAUGAAUUGGCUCGCAUGAUGUUAACCCUAUUUGCCGGACGUAUUCUAAGGAAAUUUCAACUAGAAAUGAUCCACGAUUAUGCUGAUAUGAAUAUGGAUGGUGAAUGUGGCAUAACUCUAGCACCAGCUGCCUACAAAUUGAAGUUCAUCAAAGUAGACGAAGAGCCUAUGAAAUAACUUAAACCAGGAGCAGGAAAAGAAAAUAUCUCUACAUUUGAUUUCAAGACAAUUCAAAACAUUGUUCCUACUGUUCUGUGGCCUUUUAAUACAGUUUUUUUUUUUUAAUCUAUUAAAGCUUAACGUUAAAAUAA